AUGGAGAAUACAGGCCGUACUCGCAGUCAUGUGAAUGUUCGACCUCCAAAUUGUGGGAAUCUCAUAACAAUUCUUAGUAUUGAUGGGGGAGGAAUAAGAGGAAUCAUUCCUGGAGUAAUCCUAGCAUACUUAGAAUCGCAGCUUCAGGAGCUGGAUGGUGAGGAAGCAAGGAUUGCAGAUUACUUUGAUGUGAUAGCAGGAACAAGCACCGGUGGUCUGAUAACGGCCAUGCUUGCUGCCCCCAAUGAAAAUCACCGACCAUUAUAUGCUGCCAAAGAUAUAGUUCCUUUCUACCUGGAAAACUCCCCCAAAAUCUUCCCACAGAUUGGAGGACCAUUUGGAGGGGUGGUAAAUGCAUUCAAAACAUUGAUAGGACCAGGCUACGAUGGUAAAUAUGUUCAACAACUUAUAAAGAGUAACCUAGGGAGCACGAGGUUGCACCAAACCUUGACUUCGAUUGUUGUUCCAACUUUUGAUAUCAAGAUUCUUCAGCCGGUCAUCUUCAGCUCAUAUCAGGUGACGGACAACCCUGUCGUGGAUGCAUUACUAUCAGAUAUAUGCAUUGGCACCUCGGCAGCACCAACUUUUCUUCCUGCUUACUACUUCAAGAACUCAGAUGCGCAAGGGAAUGAACGAGAAUUCAACCUUAUUGAUGGUGGAAUUGCUGCUAACAACCCGACAUUGGUUGCCGUCAGUGAAGUAACCAAGCAAGUGAUGAAGAAGAACCCUGAUUUCUUUCCAAUAAAGCCUAUGGACUAUGGACGGUUCCUUGUUAUCUCGCUAGGGACAGGCUCUGACAAAAAUGAGCACACGUACAACGCUAAAAUGGCUUCCAAGUGGGGGGUUUUUGGGUGGCUGUACUACAAGGGUUCCACUCCAUUAAUCAAGGCUGUUAAUCAAGCAAGUGCUGAUAUGGUUGAUUUCCACAACUCCGUGGUUUUCCAAGCCCUUCAUUCCGACGAUAAUUACCUCCGAAUCCAAGAUGAUACUUUGACUGGGGCUUUAUCCUCCGUUGCCACAGCAACGAAGCAGAACUUAGAUAAUCUUGUCAAGGUUGGUGAAGAGGUGUUGAAGAAACCAGUUUUAAGGGUUAAUUUGACUUCUGGUGACUAUGAACCAGUUGAGACCGGUGGAACCAACAUGGAUGCAUUAACAAGGUUUGCUAAAUUACUAUCGGAUGAAAGAAAGCUCCGAGAUGCAAACUUUGGCAGGAUGAGCGGUUCGACAUCGUAUUAAUUCAUGUUUAUUGUUUCUCAUAUUUUGUCCGUCGAGCUGAGCCGCGUGCCGAUGGGUCAGUCAAUUCAGUCUUACUACGUGUUUCCUGAGCUACCGGUCUGUUUUCUCUUUUCACGACUGUCUGUCCAUACCAGAAAGUCUGCAAAUCAACCAAGUCAUUUCUUUCGAAACCUUCCAAGCAAUGCGUAAAUUAUAAAUUCGUUACGACUUUCUUUGUCUUGGUACUAUGCUAAUGAACUCCGCGCACAGGUAAUUCGGGUAGGU